AUCGCAACAAGCUGCUAUCGGUUUGACCAACGAAAAAAUUGUACAUUAACAUUUUACUGAGACGCGCAAAAAAUGGGUCAAUCUAUUGCUAAACUCUUCGAAAACCUCUUCAAGAACAAGGAAGCCAGAAUCCUCUUGGUUGGUUUGGAUGCUGCUGGUAAGACAACAAUUCUCUACAAACUCAAGUUGGAUGAAAACGUUACUACCAUCCCAACUAUUGGUUUCAACGUUGAAACUGUUCAAUAUAAGAAGAUUAACUUUACUAUGUGGGACGUCGGUGGCCAAGAUAAGAUUCGUCCAUUGUGGAGACACUACUAUGCUAAUACCAACGCUGUUAUUUUCGUUGUUGACUCUAACGAUAGAGACCGUAUUGGUGAAGCUAGAGAUGAAUUACAAAAGAUGUUGAGUGAUGACCAAUUGCGUGAAUGUGUUGUUUUGAUUUUGGCUAACAAGCAAGAUCUUCCAAACGCAAUGAGUGCUGCUGAAAUGACUGACAAGCUUUCCCUCCACAAUUUGAAACAAAGAAACUGGUUCAUUCAACCAUGUUGUGCUAUCAGUGGUCAAGGUCUCUUUGAAGGUCUCGAUUGGUUGUCUAACCAACUUUAAAUUAAAUAAUUUUGAAUUUAGUUAAUUUAAUUUUUUGAUAAAUAUCGAUAAUAGUAAAUUAUUUGAUGAC